GGGGUUAGUGCGCAGUGAAAACAGAGCGGACAAACCGGUGAGUGUGGAGCCCGGGAUCCCCCGAGAGGCUGAGACGGCAACACGCGGGGCGGCGAGAAGACGGCACAGUUGUUGUCCGCAAUGUAACGCCAGAGGCGGAGCUGCUUUUAAAUCGUUGAUCAAAUAAGUUUUGAUCCCACGGGUAUUUAGCUCAGACCCGGUCAGGCUGAGGCUGCAAACAAAACCGAGUACAAAAUGACUCCCGCCGCAGAGGUAAAGGAGUAUGAAGUGUCGGGAGGAGCGGCGCCGCCUGAGCAGCGAACAUCGCAAUCUUCUGAGAUUACUAAUGAGGAAGUGAGAGGGAAAACCAACCAUCGGGUCCCGGGAUUAAUGGACCUGUUAACGCACUUUGCGAAGGCAUUUUUCUACCUUUUCCCCGUGUACCUGACGGGUUACUUCGGACUGAGCAUCGCCUGGAUUGUGUUCGGGCUUUUCGUGUGGAUGUGGUGGAAGAAGAACAGGAGCGCGAAGCUGUCUCGGUUACAGGCGGCGUUCAGAUUGGUGGACGAGGAAAGAUUGGUGAUUACUAAUGAAAUCAAACAGGAGCUGCCUCCAUGGGUCCAUUUUCCAGAUGUAGAAAGAGUUGAAUGGUUGAACAAGAUUGUGAGUCAAGCCUGGCCAUACAUUGGGAUAUAUCUGGAGAAAUUAUUUAAAGACCGCAUUGAGCCUUCAAUAUGUGGAUCAAAUGUCUACCUGAAAACUUUCAUAUUUUCAAAACUUCAUUUUGGAGAAAAGUCACCUAAAAUUGCUGGGGUUAAAGUGUACACAGAUGAGGUGGACAAACGACAAGUGAUCAUUGAUUUGCAAAUUAGCUACAUAGGGGAUUGUGAAAUUAAUGUGGAGAUAAAAAAAGUCUGCAAAGCUGGUUUGAAAGGAGUUCUGCUACAUGGCACACUCCGAGUGAUCCUAGAGCCACUCAUUGGUCAGAUGCCUCUGGUUGGAGCUGUGACCUUGUUCUUCAUUCGCCCCCCGACCUUGGAAAUCAACUGGACAGGUCUCACCAACAUACUGGACAUUCCUGGAGUCAAUGAAAUGUCAGACACAAAGAUUCUUGAUGCCAUUGCUUCAUACAUGGUUUUACCGAAUAGGUUCACCUGUCCACUGACCAGUAAGAUCAAUGUUUCACAUCUAAGGUUUCCUUUACCACAUGGAGUUGUGAGAAUUUAUGUAAAGCAAGCUGCAGACUUAAUAAGGAAAGACACUUAUCUGAUGGGUAUGGUGCAAGGGAAAUCUGAUCCAUAUGCCGUUGUUCGAAUUGGCACCCAGACCUUUCGCAGCAAAACAAUAAAAGGGAAUUUAAAUCCUGCAUGGAAUGAAAUCUAUGAGGCUGUUGUCCAUGAGGCACCUGGUCAGGAUUUGGAAGUGGAACUUUAUGAUGAAGACCCAGAUAAGGAUGACUUCCUUGGCAGUUUACUAAUAGAUCUUGGUGAAGUGAGGAAAGACAGAGUUGUGGAAGAGUGGUUCCCUCUGAAUGAUGUAGACCAUGGGAAAAUACAUCUGAAACUUGAGUGGCUGUCCUUGCUUACAGAUCAAGACAAAAUAUAUACGGAAGAAACUGCAAGGCGUAUAAAUCCUGCUCUGUCAAACGCCUUACUGAUUGUUUAUUUGGACAGUGCCUACAACCUGCCUAGAAAUCAUUAUGAAUACACCAACAAUGAAUAUAGUAUGAAGAAAAAGAACAAACAAAAGUAUAUCAAGUCAAUAAAGAAAUCCACCUUAGAUCCUAGUUCUUCUGUACAGCUUGCAGUAGACAACAAGAAGCAAGAAAGCAAGAUUUGCUACAAUUCCAGUGCACCUGUCUGGGAGCAAGCAUUUACAUUCUUCAUCAAGAAUAUUCACUCCCAGGAACUUAACAUUGAGAUCAAAGACAAAGGCAAGGAGUGUGUCCUGGGAACACUGGAUAUACCCUUGUACCAGGUUUUGGCUGCCCCCGAUAUGACCCUUAACCAAAGGUUUCAGUUGGAACAUUCAGGACCAAACAGUCUUAUAAAGAUGAAGUUAGUGCUUCGGGUCUUAAGUAUUGAAGAACCAAAUCCUGACAGUAUCUACCAAGGGAUAAAUGCCCUUAAGAAAGUGCCAAUAUCAAUAAAGAAGAAAAGAUCUGGAAGCAAGCAGGAAACUCCACCAUUGGCACUCAGAUCGUCUGAUGUUGCAGCAAUGCCAUUUAAUGGUAUAAUUGAUGAGCAACUGGAGAGAGAAGAAAGUAACAGGAGUUCACAGCUUGCUAAUGAAAUCAAAUCAAAAGUACCAGCACAAUCCAGUUCCUCAGAAACUUCUGUAAAGAGAGACACUACUUCUGAAUUUUCAUUCAUCAAUUCGAUCCAUGAGCUUAAUGAUCAAGAGUUACAGCUACAAAAUGGGAUGGCUCUGACUGAAGACAGUCUGGGAGAGAUCCAGCUUUCAGUGCAUUAUUCCACUCCACGACACAGUCUGGUAGUAUUAAUUCAGUGUUGCAGAAACCUGAUUCCUUGCUCGAAUGAUGGUGCAGAUCCGUAUGUCCGAGCUUACCUUCUUCCUGACAAAAGUUGGUCAGGACGGAAAAAAACACAAGUUAAAAAGAGGACACUUAAUCCACAGUACAAUGAAAAAUUUGAAUUCUCAGUUUCUUCAGACGAAGUUCAUAAACGGAAAUUAGACAUUGCUGUAAAGAAUAACAGGUCAUUUGGAUCUCAUGAGAGAAAGGAACUUGGAAAGGUAUUGCUUGAGAUUCCAAGAAGUAAUUUGACCCUAGGCUUUACAGGAUGGUAUCAACUGACACCUGAUGGAUUGCCAAGCAAAGCAACAAGAAACUUUUAAUAUUAACAUGAGUUCCCUUGGGCCUUACUUGAUUUUAUGAUGUACAGUCUAAGAAAAGAAAUUUGUAUAUUUUUGAUUUACUCUUAUUGCCUUGUGUGCUGUUACCUUUCUUUUGGUAUCAAGGGACCAAGUUGGAAGAAAAACCAAAUAGAACUGCAUGUGUGCCUAAAAUGUCUUAAGUCAUAAGUGCCCAAAUAAUAUUACAAAUUGUUGUAUCAUUAAGCCAAAUAUUUACAUGAAAGGAAGUUGUGCAAAACAAAUUGAACACAUGUCAACUCACUUUACAAACAUGAGGUGUAAAAUUCUUGACACCUAGGCACUUGUGAUUUACAAAUGCUUCCUAAGUAGCGCUAUACAAAUAUAAUCUUCUUGUUGAUCGUGUCAAUUGUGGGUUAUCAAUUGGCAGGAUCAAAAUAUCAUUGCCAACAUGUGUUAGAAUUUGUUACCACUUUUUAGAUUCAUUUGGUUAAAUACCAUUUACUGGAUCAUCUUAAAAUAUAUUCAUACAUAUUUACACAUCUUAAAAUAUGAGCAAUUGUCCUCUAUUAAAAAAAUCCUAAAGUCCAUUAAAGGCACCGUUACAACAUAUGAAGCCAACCUUUGUUCGACUGUGCGAUUGAACAAAAUGAAAACUAAUUUGCAUUUAGAUGAAGGAUAUUGCUGAAAACAUUCUUGCUCUGCAAUUCAAUGUGUAUUACCCAGCAUGUCAAUACUGCUCAGAUUUUCCUCUUCAUUUUAAAUAUCAAUUAAACAGUAAACCCAUAGCUUACCGGACUCCAGAAUUUGACUCCAGGACCGAAAUCAAUGUUUUUCUUCCGUCACAAUUUUCUGUGGGCAUUGGUAUAGACUCCCACUGAUCCGACUCAUCACGUGGUGAGCAGCCCAUGUGAGCCCCACAACUUUCCACCUCACUGGUCUUCGUCUGGUGUUCAGAAACUACUUUUUUUGAACACAGCAGUAGAAAUGCCUAUGCAUUAUCAGCAUUUCCCAACACAGCAGAUGCAAGUGUUGCAAUGUUGGUAUUGUAAUUGCACAGCUGGAGAUUCCGACUCACCGGACCAGAUCUCCUCCAUUAGUCCGGCUAGCCAGGGUUUAUCUGUAUUUUCAUUGUGGCAAAAAAUUGAAUGUCUAUUAUGAAAAAUUCUCAGCUUGAAGUAUUUACUUAGGGCAAAGAAAUUUUGAUUGGAAUAUGCAAGUUCACUAUGCUUUAUUUUGUAUGUGAAAAAGGUUUGGUGUGUGCUAGUUUUAAUGUAAAUUUCCUCUUGCUUUUUGUAUAGAAAAUCUCUUUGUAUAUUCAGUUUCAUUUUUUAUGCACAAAACAUACAAAUGGAGCUUUUGUCAAACAAAAGCCAACAUUGUGAAAAAAGAGCACAGAUUAAAAAGAAAAAUCGUGUGCAAAAUCUGAAGUGCAAAAUGCUGGAAAUAUACUAAAGAAAGAAAGCUUCUGAACGGUAGAGGCUUUGAUUUCAGAUGAACUGGCUGGUGAAACGUUGGGUCAUAAAAUGUUAAUUGCUCUCUUUCAAAUAUUGUUCAAGGUCCUCAUCUCUUAUUCCAGGUUUAUUAAAGACUUAAAGACUGAUACUUAAAAUGCUGCUGAUCUGUGUAUCAGCAUUUUAGUAUUCUCAUAGUACAGUACGUUAAGUCUUUUCAUAGUACAAUUCACUUUAAAUUAUUUGAAUCAUUUAAAAUCAUGGUAAAUCAUUUUUAAAAAAUCACAUUUCAGUGUUGUAUGAAAUACCCCAAAUUUUGUCAGUUAACAUUUAUAUUUAAGAAAACAGGUCUAUUUUUGAGUCAAAUCAAUGUUUACAUUUGUAAGUGACAUGGAUGCUGUUGGUGUUUCUUGAUCUCUUGCUAAAAAUGUUUGUGGACAGACUACUGAAAGUAUGAUUUACAAUUUAUUAGCAGCUGUAAAUAGAAAUGUUGUAACUGUUCUAUUUACUAAUUAUGUUUGUUUGUAUAAAACCUAUAUGAUAAAUAAAUGGGGUCUAUCAUUACAAGUUGUGCAAUGUAUUGUAAAAAACAAUCUGCACAGAAAGACUUACAGGGGCUUUUAAUUCUGUAAUUUAUUAAUGGAAAGAAUUAUAGAUCAUUUGUAUUGUAUCAGUGAAUGGAUACAUGCUCCAAACAAACAGAUGUUGUCAACAGCAACACACACUCCUAUGCUUUGUCUAGGAUUUUAAGCCAUCUUUCCCACAAUUUAGAUCAGAUGUGAUUCCCAAACAGUUAAAUGAAUAGGAAACAUCAUAAUGAAUCUUUUGAAAAAUGGAAGUCUGAAAUGGAUCCAUUAAAAUUGGAAUGGAUCACUUCCAAUUCUGUCAGAUUUGCCUGUAUUGAUUUUGUUUGCACUAAUCUACAGGACAUUCUGUGGAGAGUGUUCCUCUAUGUUCCAGCCGAAACUGUCACAAAGCAGUAUCAUUUAUGGAGUCUGAAUGGGUAAGACACGAGAGGCAUUAGAGGCAUGGGAUGAGAGAAGGAUUUGGAGCAAUAAUGAAAUUAAAUUCUUAGUUCUGUACUUGUCUCCAGAUCUAGUAAAUCAGACACAUAAAUAAAAAAACUGACUGGAUAGAGGAAGGGAGUGAGGGAAUCUAAGAAGAAACACCAAGAUGUUGAAAUGGCAGAGCUAAUAACAGAACGGA